AACCAAAUCCCCUUCCCUUCCCUUCCCUUCCCUCUCCUCCCGUGAUUUUUAAAUUAUUAAGCGUCCCUAAUUUAUUCGUCCCCUUCCUCGUCUACCACCUGCCACCCAGCAGCUUCCACGGCUCGAUUUUCUCCUUUGUUUUUUCAGCCAGUAUACGCAAUACGGCAAUAAAAUUCCGGCGCGAGCUCCGUCGGAUUCGCCUCCUCCUCCGACCCACCGGUUCGCGUCCGGCGAUCGCGCGGCGCGGGGAUUCGGCGGUGGGCUCGCCGGCGGAUCCGGUUCGGGCCCUCCGGUAAGGCGAUUCCGCGCGUCCUGUGCGCUAAGAUCGGCGGGUUUCAGUUCAGGGCAUGGAGCGCCGCGGGUUGCUCAAGGCGGCUCUGCUGGCGUGCUUGCUCGUCGUCUGCUCCGCCAGAGUACCUACAGUUAUACAACAGCCAUCCGCUACCAUAUACAACUCAACCCUUGCCAAGAUACUAGUGGAAUAUGCUGCUGCCAUCUACACUGCUGAUUUGACACAAUUGUUUACCUGGACAUGUGAUAGAUGUGGUGACCUGAUCGCGGGGUUUGAGAUGAUGGACAUCAUCGUAGAUGUGGAGAACUGCUUAGAGGCAUAUGUUGGUUUUGCCAGUGAUAUUAAUGCUGUCAUCGUUGUGUUUAGAGGAACUCAAGAAAACAGCAUCCAGAACUGGAUAGAGGACUUGCUAUGGAAACAACUUGAUCUUGAUUACCCUGGCAUGCCAGAAGCGAUGGUACACCGAGGAUUUUACUCUGCUUAUCACAACACAACCAUACGCGAUGGAAUUGUCAGCGGUAUUCAGAAGACUCGGAAAUUGCAUGGAGAUGUUCCAAUCAUGGUCACAGGGCAUUCAAUGGGGGCAGCUAUGGCUUCAUUUUGUGCACUUGAUCUUGUUGUGAACUACGGGUUAGAUGAUGUAAAGCUGAUGACAUUUGGGCAACCUCGCGUCGGCAAUGCUGCUUUUGCUUCUUACUUCAAGAGAUACUUGCCUCAUGCCAUUCGAGUUACUCACGCAAAUGAUAUCGUCCCUCACCUGCCACCGUACUUCUCGUUCUUCCCGCAGAAGACCUACCAUCACUUUCCAAGAGAGGUAUGGGUCCACAAUGUCGGGCUCGGGAGCCUGGUAUACACGGUUGAGAAGAUCUGCGACGACUCCGGAGAAGACCCUGCAUGCAGCAGAUCUGUGAGCGGCAACAGCAUUCAAGACCACAUAACCUACCUGGGCGUGAGCAUGCACGCGGAGGCCUGGAGCAGCUGCAGGAUCGUUAUGGACUACGCCGAGCUGCGGUACAAGAUGGACCUCCAUGGAAACGUCGUCUUGUCGAAGCUGCAGCAACAGCAGCCCGGUCUGUCGGACGAGCGAAGAAGACACAGCGCCCAGUGAAACCCAUGUAAAGAAGUUAUGUAUUAUCAUAGUAGCACCACGCACGCAGCCUGUCACUCCCCUCUCUGCUUCAUUGUUUCUGCAUUCAGAGAUGGGAUAACACCACCACGCUGGACUGGAAGAUGCUCUGUAAAUGUUCGUUUGGUAAUGUGAAGCAUUUUCCAGUA